CAAACAUACUUUAAUUCAGAUCCAUUAUUCCAAACCCAAGACAAAACCCCCCAAUUUUUUUUAAUCUGAUUUAUUCUCGGUAAAUUUAAGAUAUGGAUUAGUAGGAGAAAAAUUAAUUCUUACGUCAACUCCCAAUAGACUCGCAUUAGCAAUCCACAAAUCCCAAAAUUUUCCCACGCUUUCUCUCUUUCUCGAGAACAAAGAAAAAAAACAUGAGGGUACAGCAGAGGCCGAUCCGCGCGCUGUCGAUGUGGGUGAGACGACAGCCGCCGAAGGUGAAGGCUUUUUUGGGGGUAGUAUCGGGGAUGGCAGCGCUUGUUCUUCUUCGAUUCAUCGUACACGACCAUGACAAUCUCUUCGUCGCCGCCGAGGCUGUCCACUCCAUCGGAAUCUCUGUCCUUAUCUAUAAGCUUAUUAAGGAGAAGACUUGUGCUGGGCUAUCGCUCAAAUCCCAAGAGCUAACAGCUAUCUUUUUAGCUGUUAGGCUGUAUUGUAGCUUUGUCAUGGAAUAUGAUAUACAUACCCUACUUGAUUUGGCCACAUUGGCAACAACUUUAUGGGUUAUUUAUAUGAUCCGUUUCAAACUAAAGUCCAGCUACAUGGAAGACAAGGACAACUUUGCUUUAUAUUAUGUUCUUGCCCCAUGUGCUGCACUUGCCCUAUUUAUUCACCCCUCUACUUCUCAUAAUCUAGUGAACCGGAUUUUCUGGGCAUUCUGUGUAUAUUUAGAAGCUGUUUCAGUUCUACCCCAGCUGCGAGUGAUGCAAAAUACCAAGAUUGUUGAGCCUUUCACAGCUCAUUAUGUAUUUGCACUGGGUGUUGCAAGGUUCCUCAGCUGUGCUCACUGGGUUCUCCAGGUUUUAGACAGUCGAGGACACUUGCUGGUAGCCCUGGGUUACGGAUUGUGGCCCUCCAUGGUUCUUAUUUCGGAAAUUGUCCAAACUUUCAUUUUAGCAGACUUCUGUUACUAUUAUAUUAAGAGUGUCUUUGGAGGGCAGCUCGUUCUCCGUCUUCCCUCCGGAGUAGUUUAAGUGAAGAUUCUGUUUUGCUUUGGUCGAUGAGCUUGUUUGCCGAAAAAAGUAUUACUCGGUUAAAAAUGUGACUAGGCAUCCUAGUUCAAGUUCUGGUUUUUGCUCUCGACAUGUUUCUUAUGACUGGAAAUUAGCGGAUUGCUUGUAAAUUUCGGGGUGCAGAAACUUUCGGUGGAUAUAUAUUGAAAACAUUUCGUAGAUGGAUUGAUUUUUUACGUCAAAUGCUAAUCUUUUGCUUAUAUGAAGUUAAUUAUUGUAGACCA